AAACGAAAUUAGUUUUUACCAGUACUCCAUCAGACGUUUUAUUGUAUAACUCUCUGCUAUAAUAAAGUACAUAACAAAACCUUGUAGUAAAGAAAUAGACAUGAAUGAAGUGUAAUUGUUGUUGUAGUUAAGUUUUAUUUAAGUACCUUAUACACGUUUAAAAAAAUGGUAACAACAAUUUGGGCAUCAAUAACUAGAAAAAAAAGAAACAAUGGCGAAAUUACAAACAGGCUAUCAAGAGUCUUAACCUUAAUAGAUUUAGUCGGCAUGGGAACUGGAGCUACCCUUGGUUUAGGAGUAUAUGUACUUGCUGGAUCCGUUGCAAAAAAUUAUGCAGGUCCCGCUACGGCUUUAUCUUUUGUUUUAGCAGCUAUAAUAUCGUUAUUUGGAGGUUUUUGCUAUGCAGAAUUUGCUGCCAGAGUACCUAGGACAGGUUAUGCUUACGCUUACUGUUAUGCAGGAGUAGGAGAGCUAAUAGCAUUUUUAGUAGGCUGGAAUUUAUUAUUAGGAGCUAUGCUAGGAAUUGCAAGCGUCGCAAGUGGUAUGAGCAGUUAUAUUGACACUCUAGUUGAUGGAAAGAUUAAAAUUACUUUAGCAGACUGUAUGGCUAUAAAUAUUCCUUAUUUAACGAGCUCUCCAGAUUUUUUAGCUUUAGGAAUUAUAGUUUUAAUAACAAUUCUUUUGUCAAUUGGAAUAAAGGAAUCAUCCAGGUUUAAUAAUGUUUGUACCGUAAUGAAUUUAUUGACAAUAAUAACAGUGAUUAUAGCAUGCGCAUUUAAAGCUGAUCUAAAAAAUUGGCAGAUUUCCCAAGACGAAAUCCCUAAGGAAUAUCAAAAGCAAGCAGGAACCGGAGGUUUUCUACCGUUUGGAAUUUCAGGAGUAAUUGCAGGAGCCCCAAACUGCUUUUUUGGCUUCACAGGUUUUGAUGCACCGGCAAAUUGUAGUGAGGAGGCCAAACGUCCAAAGAGAGAUAUUCCUUUAGCGAUUUUAACGUCAUUAUUCAUAGUAUUUGUAGUCUAUUUCACGUUGGCUGUGGUAUUAUCAUUGGCGUACCCGUAUUAUCUACAGAAUGAAGAAGCACCUUUUCCACACGUAUUUGCACAAUUUGGUUGGAUUUGGGUAAAGUGGAUUGUUACUAUUGGAGCUAUUUUUGCACUGUCUGCUAGUGUUUUUGGUUCCAUGUACAUGGUACCUAGAGUAUUUUACGCUAUGGCAACUGAUGGUCUGAUAUUUAAAAUUUUUGGUUCCAUUCAUCCCAAAACAAAAACUCCUCAAAUUGCAACAAUAUUUUCUGGAAUUGUUUCAGGUAUAAUGGCCACAUUUUUAAAUAUUAAUGAGUUAAUGGAUAUAAUGACCAUUGGUGCUUUUUUCUCAUACAUUAUUGUUGCUGCUUCAGUUUUAAUUCUAAGGUAUGAACAUAAGGAAGUAGGUUUUGAAGUUAUUCCAAAUGAUGAAAUUCCUGUACGUGAAAUAGGAUACGUCCAAAGUAUUUUUACUCUUACGACAAGCAAGUUGCCGAAUAGAACUACAUCAAUUAUAGCAAAUAUUAGCAUUCUAUUCUUCAUAAUCGUUGCAGCCGUCUUCUGCAUUAUAUGCGAAAAUGAGUCGUUCUUUUCUUCACAUAAAAUGUACUACAUUAAUUGUUCUAUUACUCUCAUUGUUAUGGUUAUCAUAUCGCUUAUUAUAUUUAGACAACCAGAAACUGAUGGAAAAAUAGCAUUUAAGGUCCCAUUAGUACCAUUUAUACCAUGCCUGAGUAUCGUCUUUAAUUUAUACCUAAUGAUGCAGUUGAGUGAAUUCACGUGGAUUUGGUUUUCAAGCUGGAUCUUCAUUGGAUGCCUAGUGUACUUUUGUUAUGGAAUAAAACAUAGUGAAGAAAACGUGAAAAUUGAUGAAAGCGGGAAAAAUGAAGAAAACGACAAAAACGAAGAAGUAGAAAAAAAUGAAGAAUCAACAGCAUCAUUAAAACUGGGUUUUUAAUAAAAUAAAAUAAAAAGCAUGAUUUACCUGCUUUGUGAUAGUAGAUCUACUACUCAUGUAGGUAUUCGUAGUUUAUUUUAUUAUAAAUCAUAAUUUCAAAGCAAUAAAUAAUAUAUCUAUGUGAUUUCUAGUCAGACUAAAAAAAAAAAUAUUAAUAGGUAUUAUUAAUAACAUACCUAAAUAAAAUCAUAAAGUUCUUAAGAUGCGUAUAGAUAUAACGGGCCGGGCCGUGCCUGGGCCAAAAACAGGCCCAGCUUCGUCAGAUUUGUAUGGUGUUAAGGAUCUACCGUACG